AUGGCAUCGUUCAGGGACAAGUUCCGCGGUUUGCUGCAGCACCCGUACGAGCCGCUGUUCAUUCCGAAGGACAACGGCCGGCUGGUCUACCAGCUGUCGGAGAAGUUCCUAACGGAUCGCUACAGACCGAUCGGGACCAACUUAAGCAACCGGUUCGGCGCUGGCGCCAACACCGGUCCUGCAUCGGCCAGCGCCGACACUCCGGCGGCGACCCAGAUCACGUUCAACGAUAUCGCCGAACCGGACCUCAAGUUCGCGGAGGAAAUCCCACGGCGCGGUGCCUUCUCGCUGUUCAUUCCGCGCCACCGGGAGAUUGCGGGCCAAUUGAUGCAGAUGUUCCUGGACCAGCCCAACGGGGACGCUCUGGCGGAUCUGGCUGGGUUCGCGAAGGAUCGCCUCAACGGACCGCUGUACCAGUACGCCCUUUCGGCGGCGCUGCUGCAUCGGCAGGACACUCAAGACGUACCGGUGCCAUCGUUUCUGCACAUCUUCCCGGAUCAGUUCGUCGAUCCGGCGGUGUUCCCGCAGAUGCUGGAGGAAGGCCGUGCCGUGUUGGACGCUAAUCGGAUGGCGAUCGAUAUUCCGAUGAACUAUACCGCUUCGGAUCGGGUUUCCGAGCAACGGAUGGCGUACUUCCGUGAGGACAUCGGUGUGAACCUGCACCAUUGGCACUGGCAUCUGGUGUACCCGGGAGAUGGACCGAUCAGUGUUGUGCGCAAGGAUCGCCGUGGGGAGCUGUUCUACUACAUGCACCAGCAAAUGUUGGCCAGACAUCAGACCGAGCGGUUCGCGAAUGGGUUGGGGCGCGUCGUGCCGUACAAUAAUCUGCGGGCCCCGGUGUCCGAACCGUACUACCCGAAGAUCAUCCGUAGUGCAAACAACCGCACUUACCCAGCGCGCUACAGGGACAUGGUGUUGGAGGACGUCGAUCGGCCGGACGAUCAACUGGUGGUGCGCAUAUCGGACGUCGAGCAACAGCUGCAGCGUGUCAUUGCGGCAAUCGAUGCCGGUUUUGUCACAACGACCGGUGGAGCACAAACACCGUUGGACAACUUCAGAGGUAUCGACAUCUUGGGGGACAUCGUCGAAAGCUCGGCCCUUUCGGUGAACCGCAAUCUGUACGGGGACACCCACAACAGUGGCCACAUCCUUCUGUCGUUCAUUCACGAUCCGCGUGGCGAGUACCUGGAAAGCUUCGGUGUGAUGGGCGACGUCACGACGGCGAUGCGUGAUCCCAUCUUCUAUCGCUGGCACACGUACGUGGACAACAUCUUCCAGCGUCACAAGGCCCGCUUCGCACCGUACACGGCGGCCGACCUUGGUAAUGCGGGCGUGAACAUUGUCAACUUCGAAACGGAGCUGGAUCGGCAGGGUUCGGUUAAGAACUUGCUGCUUUCGUUCUGGCAACGCUCGCAGGUGGACCUCGGCGCCGGUCUGGACUUUGGCCCGGAAGGGAACGCGUUCGUGACGUUCACGCAUCUGCAGCAUGCGCCGUUCAACUAUCGCUUCCAGAUCGCUGUGAACGGUGCGGCUCGCGAUACCACCAUCCGCAUUUUCCUCGCACCGAAGAAGGACGAACGUGGUGUGGCUUUGUCGUUCGAAGAGCAACGUCGCUAUGCGAUCGAGAUGGACACGUUCCGGGUGAAUUUGAGAUCCGGGGUCAACAAUCUCAUUCGCCGCUCGGUGAACUCCAGUGUUACGAUUCCAUACGAACGCACGUUCCGUAACGUGGCCCAAUCGAACCUCGGUGAUACCGGCUUCCGAUUCUGCGGCUGCGGCUGGCCUUCGCACAUGCUGGUGCCUAAGGGUGACUUUAUCGGCGUGGACUACGACCUGUUCGCGAUGGUUUCCAACUUUGCCCGCGAUCGUGUUGACCCACUGUUCGACGAGAAAAUGGGAUGCAACGACGCACACUCGUUCUGUGGCCUGCAAAAUCGUUCCUACCCGGACGCACGUAACAUGGGCUUCCCGUUCGAUCGGCGCAUUCCGAACAACAUUCGGUCGUUCGCCGACUUUGUCGCCCCUUAUCAGAACAUGAAGGUGACCAAGGUGACGGUGCGGUUCACGAACACCGUGGUGGGAUUUAGUAGCGGCUCAUUUGAAUCCUACGGAUCCGGAGUUUUGUGCCACUUCCAAACACUCACCAUGUCGAACAUCGAGACCGGGUUCUUGUGCCUCAUGACGCGGCCCAUGGAGCCACUGUUUUACCCCAAGUACGACGGCGCUGUGUACAUGGACCUUCCGUCCGAGUACCUGCCCGAUCGCUAUCAGAGCAUCGCCGCAUCGCUUAAGUCACGCUUCAUGUCCACUGCGCAGCAAAGUGUGGUCGUGAAGCCGGUCGAUCUGCCCGACCUGAGCUACACCGGCCGGGUGGCCCGCUACGGCAACUUCAAUCUGUUCGGUGCCGCCCACAGGAAGGUCGCCGGCCAGCUGGUGGCCGAGUUGUUGGCCCAACCGGACCCGGAGUCCAUGCUGUCCGUGGCUGCCUACGCACGGGAUCGUUUGAACCCGACGCUGUUUCAGUACGCGCUCGCCGUGGCCCUGAUGCACCGGAAGGACACCGGCACUGUGCCGAUCCCUUCGUUCCUGGAGAUGUUCCCGGCACGCUUCGUGGAUCCGGCCCUGUUCCCGAGGCUGCGGGAGGAAGGUUUCGUGGUGCAGCAGAGUGAACGGGUGGCGGUCGAAAUUCCGCAUACACUCACCGCCUCGGAGGAGGAGCCGGAGCAACGGCUGGCCUACUGGCGCGAGGACAUUGGACUGAACCUGCAUCACUGGCACUGGCAUCUGGUGUAUCCGCAGGAAGGUCCACAUGAGGUGGUCAACAAGGACCGUCGGGGGGAGCUGUUCUACUACAUGCACCGCCAGACGGUCGCUCGGUACAAUGUGGAGCGCUUCAGCAACCUGAUGUCGACGGUAGAACCGAUGGACAAUCUGCGCGAACCCAUCCCGGAGGCGUACUUCCCCAAGAUUCUCAACAGUGCCUUAAACCAAACGUACCCGGGGCGUCCGGCCAAUGUGGUGUUGAGUCAUGUCAACCGCCCUGAAGACGAUGCUGUGACGAACGUUUUGGAGAUGGAAUCGUGGCUCAACCGGAUCAGGGAGGCAAUCAACACCGGUGCGGCUCAGGCGACCGACGGAACGCGUGUCCCUCUUGACAAUGAAACCGGCAUCGACGUGCUGGGAAACAUGGUGGAAAGCUCGAUACUGUCCGUCAAUCCCGACCACUACGGGAACUGGCACUCGCUUGGCCACUCGUUGAUUGCAUUCGUGCACGACCCGGACAACCUGUACCGGGAGGGUCACGGUGUAAUGAACGACGUCACGACGGCCAUGCGCGAUCCGACGUUCUACCGGUUCCACGCGCACGUCGACGACCUGUUCGAGCUGCACAAGCAGCGGCUAACCCCGUACGGUGUUCCGGAGUUGGGCUUUCCCGGCGUAACGAUCGAGGCCGCGUCGGUGCAGAUCACUAGCGGUCAGGCGGCUCGCAACCGGCUUCUUACCUUCUGGCAGCGGACGCAGGUCGAUCUUGGCACCGGGCUGGACUUUGGGCCGCAGGGCAACGUGGUGGCUACGUUUACGCACCUCCAGCACGCGCCAUUCUCGUACAUGCUGCGGGUGCACAGCGAUGGAGGUGACCACCGGAAGGGUACGGUCCGGAUCUUUAUGGCUCCGAUCUACGACGCCGACGGUGGACAGUUGCUGCUGAGCCAGCAGCGUCGCUACAUGCUCGAGAUGGACAAGUUCGUGGUGAACUUACAUCCUGGAGUAAACCGUAUCGUGCGCCGAUCGGACGAGUCGAGCGUGUCUAUACCGUACGAACGAACCUUCCGACGUGUGGACGAAUCCAACUUGCCCGGUUCGGAGCGGUUCCGGUUCUGCAACUGCGGAUGGCCGGAUCAUCUGCUGCUGCCGAAGGGAAGACCCGAAGGCCAGCAAUUUGAUCUGUUCGUGAUGGUUUCCGACUACGCCAACGAUUCGGUUCCGCUUGACUUCAACGAGAAAGAAAGCUGCAACGAUUCGCACUCGUACUGCGGACUUCGCGAUCAGCUCUAUCCGGAUCGGCGCGCGAUGGGCUAUCCGUUCGAUCGCGUCCCAACGGCCGACGAUCACCUGAUGAUCGAUUUCGUGUCGAGGUUCCCCAACAUGAGCCGCACCGUGACGGAAGUGAUAUUCACGAACACCAUAAUCGCACGCACUUAG